ACCGUCACAACUAAAAACCCCGCCGAGGUUCUGUAUCCUGUUUCUAUUGUUGUCUUUGUUCAAACGAACACACCCCUAAUGUCAAUCUGCUGUCACAAGACUGAUGGGCGGGACGAGGAAGGCAAAGUCCACUGCACAGGUAAGACCAAACGCCUGGGGAAGUUGUCGACUUUUUCACGCCACUGACGGUAUGGCUGUUGUCGGCUAAACUCACGGAUUGUUAAAACUUCACUACCAAUGGCUUUGUCGGAACUUUAUACGAAGUACAACAGAGUGUGGAUACCGGAUGAAGAGCAUGUCUGGAAGUCAGCAGAGAUCCUGAGAGACUUCAAACCUGGAGAUGAUACUUUGCAACUGCAGCUUGAGGAUGGCACUGAGAUGCUGUACUCCCUGGACACAUCCAGUCCUCAGCUCCCUCACCUCCGCAACCCUGAUAUCCUGGUGGGGGAGAAUGACCUGACAGCUCUCAGCUACCUCCACGAACCAGCAGUUCUACACAAUCUCAAAGUGCGCUUCGUGGAGUCCAAGAUCAUCUAUACGUACUGUGGAAUCAUCCUGGUGGCUGUCAACCCAUACAAGCAGCUUCACAUCUAUGGAGAUGCAGUCAUCCACGCCUACAGUGGACAGAACAUGGGAGAUAUGGAUCCUCACAUCUUCGCUGUGGCAGAGGAGGCUUCAAACAAUAUAUAUUUUAUUUAUUUCCUUUUUCUCAGGAACAAUAAGAACCAGUCUAUCAUAGUGAGUGGUGAGUCUGGAGCGGGCAAGACUGUGUCUGCUAGAUAUGCCAUGAGGUACUUCGCUAUGGUCAGCAAGUCUGGCAGCAAAACACACGUGGAAGACAAAGUUCUGGCAUCCAACCCAAUAACUGAGGCUAUAGGAAAUGCCAAGACGACCAGGAAUGACAACAGCAGUCGCUUUGGGAAGUACACGGAGAUCAGCUUCGACGGGAGAUAUCAGAUCAUCGGGGCCAACAUGAGGACGUAUCUCCUGGAGAAAUCUAGAGUGGUUUCCCAGUCAGAGAGGGAGAGAAACUAUCACAUCUUCUAUCAGAUGUGUGCCUGUGCAGACCAGCCUGAGUUCAAGAGCCUGAGACUGUCCUUCUGCGACCUUCUCGGGGUCAGUCCUGAACGGUGUACCCGUUGGCUGUGCCACCAACGCUUCGUCAUGGUGGCAGAGACGGUGGUGAAGCCGGUAACCAGCAAGCGGGCGGUGAACGCCAGAGAUGCCCUGGCCAAGCAGAUCUACGCCCACCUGUUCGACUGCGUCAUCCAUAAGAUCAACGCCGCCCUGCAGGUCCCUGGGAAACAGCACUCCUUCAUAGGAGUCCUGGAUAUCUARGGCUUUGAGACAUUUGACGUCAACAGUUUUGAACAGUUUUGCAUCAACUACGCCAACGAGAAACUGCAACAACAGUUCAACUUGCAUGUGUUCAAGCUGGAGCAGGAGGAGUACAUGAAGGAGGAUAUUCCCUGGACGCUGAUAGACUUCUAUGACAACCAGCCGGUCAUUGACCUGAUUGAAGCUAAAAUGGGCAUCCUGGACCUGCUGGAUGAAGAAUGUCUGUUCCCCCAGGGUACAUCCCCCAAGGGUACCACGGAUCAGAGACUAGGCUUCAGAAGCUGUCAUAACUACCUGGCUGACAACCCUCUGUUUGAGAAGCCCAGGAUGUCCAACGAAGCCUUCAUCAUCCAACACUUUGCUGACAAGGUAGAAUAUCAGUGCUGGGGCUUUCUAGAGAAGAACAGAGACACUCUGUAUGAAGAGCUGAUAGACACCAUGAGAACCAGUAAGUUUCCUCUCCUGGCCAACUUCUUCCUGGAGGAGGAGUCAGGCGGAGUGGGCAGUAGGGGCAUUAAAGUGAGACCUGCCCGGCCGGGGGUGAAACCGACCAAUAAGAAUCUCCGGACCACCGUGGGUGAGAAGUUCCGCAGUUCUCUGUACCUGCUGAUGGAGACUCUGAACGCSACCACACCUCACUACGUACGCUGCGUCAAGCCCAACGAGGAAAAGAUGCCGUUCGAGUAUGACUCUAAGCGGGGCCAGCAGUUGAGGGCGUGUGGAGCGGAAACCAUUCACAUCAGCGCUCAGAGCUACCCCUCCAGGUGGACGUACAUAGAGUUCUACAGUCGGUACAGUAUACUGAUGAGCCAACAGGAGGUGGUUCUCACCGACAAGAAGCAGACUUGUAGGACGGUACUGCAGAGGCUGAUUCAGGACUCCAACCAGUACAAGUUUGGCCGGACCAAGAUCUUCUUCCGAGCGGGUCAGGUGGCGUACUUGGAGAAGCUGCGAUUGGACCGUCUCCGAGGGGCGUGUGUGACCAUCCAGAAGCAUGUGAGGGGGUGGCGCCACAGGAGGACGUUCCUCCGUAUGAGGGAGGCGGCCAUCAUCUUGCAACAGUACGUCCGCGGACAGAGACGGAUACGUAAAUCGGUGACGGCUGCAGCGUUGAAGCAGGGCUGGGCUGUUGUGGUCAUUCAGCGGUAUUGGAGAGGUUAUGUAACCAGACAGAUCUAUAGAAUUGUCCGGUCCUCCACUAUCAUCAUCCAAGCCUUCACUAGAGGCUGGAUCGCCAGGAAACGCUAUAAAAAGAUGGUGGAGGUGCAGAAAGCACUAAUCUUACAGAAGUAUGCCCGGGCAUGGCUGGCCAGGAGACGCUUCCAGACCCUGCGUCGCCUGGUACACAACGUGCAGCUCUCCUACAGGUGCCAGCAGCUCCGGAAGAAACUGGAGGAUCAGGGCAAAGAGAACCGUGGYUUGCUCGAGAGGCUGACAAGUCUGGCCGGUGCUCACGCCCAAGGUCUCGACAAGCUGCACGGUCUGGAGGCCCAGCUGGGGAAAUCGGCCACUGAGAAGGCUUCGCUAGAGGAGCGAGAGAAGAAGAGCAAGGAGGARGCCGCCAAGASGAUCGCCCAGCUUCAACAGGAAAAAGACAMGUUCAUCGUGGAAAAGCAGGACUUGGAAAAGAAGCUUGCAGAUACAGCAACAGAGAUGAAAGACGGCUUCGAUCAAAUCAAGACAACUUUGAAAGAAGAUUUGGAACGAGAAGAAAGAUUGAGGAAGAUUGCAGAGAACAACCUUGAGCUGCAGAAGGAGGACCAUGAGCAGGAGUGGAGGUCUGAGGGAGGAGAACAGGAAUUGAAGGAGGAGAGGUCCGCCUGCAGAGACAGACGGAGGAGGGGGCGCAGGUCAACACUGAUUCUACAGGACCAGGUCAUACAGCUCACCAAGCACGUCAAGCCUCACCAAAGCACGUCGAGGGUGAGGUCAUUGGUCGUACAGCCUCACCAAGCACGCCAGGUGAGGUUCAAAGUCAUUGGUCUACAGCUCACCAAGCACGUCAAGGUUGAGCCUCCGAUGGGCCUGACCAGAUAUAUGAAAGCCGGAGAUCUGUUGACGGCUUUUGAUGGGCUGCAGAAAGCUACCAGAGUGCUGGAGAGAAAGCAGAAGGAACAGAAAGAGGUCUCCGACAGCCAGAUGGAGGGGCUGACGUUCAAGGUGGAACACCUGCAGAACGAAAACAAUCAGCUGCAGAAACUGUUCCAGGAGAAAAUGUCUGUCAACGACAGCAUCGGCCAGGAAGUGACCAGGCUGAACCAGGAAAACAUGGUCAUACCUGAGCUGAAGCAGACUGUGUCAGAGCUACAACGACAUAAACAGGAACUGGAAGACCAACUGGAGGAGCAGGCCAGAGGGAUGACAGAAAAAAUUGAGGAGAUGUCAAAAAAGCUUCAGAUGAAUGUUGAAGAGGAAGCCUCCCAACGCAGGCUGUUGGAGCAGCAUGAGCAGGUGGAGCGGGAGAAGGAGGAGGUGGAGAGGAAGGUGGAGGAGCUGGAGGAGGUGCUCAGGAGAGUAAUGUCGGUCCAGUACAGUGUGGUUCCAGGUCGUCCGUACAAUGUGGUUAGGUCCGGUCCAGUACAUGUGGUUCAGCGCCGGUCCCAGUACAAGUGUGGUUCAGGUCCGUUCCAGUACAUUGUGGGUCAGGUUCCAAGUACACUGUGGCAGGUCCGGUCCAGUACAGUGUGGUUCAGGUCGGUCCAGUACAGGGUGGUUCAGGUCCAGUACAGGGUGUUCAGGCUGUUGGAGCAGCAUGAGCAGGUGGAGCGGGAGAAGGAGGAGGUGGAGAGGAAGGUGGAGGAGCGGAGGAGCCAAUCAAACGCCAGCGCCCACUAUUCCCAAAGAAUACCUCGGAUGUUGGAGUACAAGAGGGAGGAUGAACCCAAGCUCAUUCAAUACAUCAUUCUGGACCUGAAACCUAGGGGGGUAGUGGUGAACAUGAUCCCRAACAUGGCCGCGCAGCUUCUCUUCAUGUGUGUCCGCCACGCUGACUACCUCAACGACGGAGCCAAGCUCAAGUCUCUCAUGAACGCCAUAAUCAGCGGUGUUAAGAAGGUCAUCACGGAUCACCAAGCAGACUUUGAAUUGCUGUCAUUCUGGCUCUCCAACAUGUACCACAUGUUGAACUGUCUGAAGCAGUACAGUGGAGAGGAGGAGUUUAUGAAACAGAACAGUCCGCGUCAGAAUAAGAACUGCUUGCAGAACUUUGACUUGUCUGAACACAGACAGAUCUUCAGUGAUCUGGCCAUCCGUAUAUAUCACCACUUUAUAUCUGUCAUGGAGAAGACCCUUAUACCUAUGAUCGGUUAUAUUAAUCACAUCUACCUGUGUUUGUGUCUGAUCCUGUGUUGUCCAACAUCUACCUGUGUUGUCCAACAUCUACCUGUGUUUGUGUCUGACCCUGUGUUGUCCCAACAUCUACCUGUGUUUGUGUCUGACCCCGUGUUGUCCCAACAUCUACCUGUGUUUGUGUCUGACCCCGUGUUGUCCCAACAGGCUGUGAAACAGACUUUUUUCCUGGUGGGUGCGGCCACACUCAACAACAUCCUGCUACGCAAAGACAUGUGCUCCUGUAGGAAGGGCAUGCAGAUCAGGUGUAACAUCAGUUACCUGGAGGAGUGGCUGAAGGAGAAGGACCUCGUGCAGGGUACCAGUGCCAUGGAAACUCUGAAGCCUCUGUGUCAGGCUGCCUGGCUGCUGCAGGUCAACAAGACCACCGAUGACGACGCCAAGGAAAUCAUAGAACAAUGCUCUGAACUCAACACUGUACAGAUUGUCAAGAUUCUGAAUUCUUACACUCCCAUUGAUGAUUUUGAGAAACGGGUGGCGCCGUCGUUUGUCCGCAAAGUUCAGGGCUUGCUCCAGGACCGUGAGGGAGGAUCCUCCCAGCUGAUGCUAGACACCCAGUAUCGUAUUCCAUCACCUUUCCCCUUCAACGCCGUCCAAUCUCAGCCCUGGAGCUACUACAAACUGCCUCAAGCCUCAGACUGGGCUUCAUACCAGCCCUGGAGCUACUACAAUCCAUCCAGCCUCAGACUGAUUCAUCACCCAGGUCUGACCUCUGACCCCUUCACCCCGUCCUCUCAGGCCCUGGAGCUACUACAACUGCCAUCCAGCCUCAGACUGGGCUUCAUCACCAGGGUCUAA